GCUGGUGCUGCUGGGCUUCUCUCACACUUAUGCUUCUUUCUCCGCGGCGAACGGGAUCGCCACGCUGCUGUCAUCGCGCGUCUCUACCUCACAGCGACCAUCGGCAUCAGCCUGGCCCAAUGGCAGGUCCUACAGAUGCCUCUCCGGGAGGCCAUCUUUGAGACCUUGGAGAUCGACGGUGUCUACUUUGGUACCCUUGUCACCAGCAUGAUCACUUACCGACUAUUUUUCUCCCCUCUGCACCAUCUACCAGGCCCGCUGUGGGCGCGCAUAACCAAGCUCCAUCACGUCUGGAAGAUCCGCCAUGCCGACAAUUAUCGGUAUACCAAUCAGCUUCAUCAUCAAUAUGGAGAUGUGGUCCGGACUGGCCCCAACGAGGUCAUGCUUUUCACCACCGAUGCCUUCAUGAAGAUCUAUGGGCCAGGGUCCAAGUGCACUCGGGGUACAUUUUACGAUAUGAUGCUGCCUCUGGUCUCGAUUGUGACGACGCGGAAUGCCCAGAUUCAUACCCACAAGCGGAAGCUAUGGGCACAGGGAUUAGGUGUUAAAGCCCUGGAGGUAUGGGAGCCUAAAGUCUUCGCCCACGCGCAGGAACUGGUCAAUCAGCUGCGAAAGCAGAUAAACAAGUCGAUUGACAUGUCCAAGUGGACGGAAUACUACACAUUUGACCUGAUGGGACUCAUUGGCUUCAAUAUCAAGUUUGGUCUUCUGCAAAAGCACAAGCACCUGGCACUGGAUAUGUAUAGUGCUGGACAUCCGGUCCUGGGAGUCAUUGCUCCUACCCCGUGGUUAUACUUCCUGACCCACGCCAUCCCCUACGCGCAGGAGGGCUACAAGAUGUUUGCUGGGUGGGCGGAGAAGCAAUUGCGCGCGAAGAUUGAAAGUAAAUCCCACGACAAGGACAUCCUAAGCCAUGUCAUUCGCGACGCCCAAGAGAACGGCGGUGUCACCGCCAACUGGAACCAUCUUCUCGGCGACUUUAUCCUGCUCUUCUCCGCUGGAAGUGAUGCCGCCCGCCAAACCCUUACAAACGUCCUCUACUACCUCGUCCGCUACCCGGAGCACCGCCAACAGAUCUGCGCUGAGCUCAAAGCCCUGGAAACAAUCCACAGCCACAGAGCCCUACAGCAACUCCCACACCUGAAUGCCGUCAUCAAGGAGACGAUGCGCUUACACCCCCCCGUUCCCUGCGCUGGAUUGCGUAUCACGCCCCCCGAGGGCAUUCAUAUCCACGAUACGUUCAUCCCAGGCGGUACCACCGUUCUCGUUCCUCAUUACACUCUCUUCCGACGACCCGACUCCUUCACCCACCCAGACGAUUUCAUCCCCGAACGCUUCUCCACAAAACCUGAACUCGUCCUCGAUUCCCGCACAUGGCAGCCCUUCAGCGCCGGUGACUACCAAUGUAUCGGGAAGAACCUCGGUAUGAUGGAGAUUCGGGUCGGGUUGGCGAUGCUGUUAAUGAAUUUUGAGUUUGAUUGGGCGGAUGCGGACCGUGGGGAGAGGGUUUUGGUGGAUGCGAAGGAUUACUUUACUACUGUGCCGGGGAGGUUGGAGCUUAUUGUUAGGGAGAGGGGGGAUUGAAGUUGAAGUUGAAGUUGAGGUGGGGAUGGGGAUGUGGGGAGAGAUGGUUGGAUGAGG